AUGAUUGAUUACCACCAGCGGAAUUCUGUACUGUCAACAGCAACCAAAGACAUUGAACAUCAUCAUGAUCAAGACAAAACUGAAGAGGAAUUGGUCGAUUCCAUUCCCAAUGUACAAACGGAUAGUAUAUUAACCAGCAACCAUCACAAUUCAUCAUCAUCAUUCGAAAACAAACUGAAAACAUUUCUCAAAGAAUCCGUACUCGAUCAUCUUAUUGCACUCAGAAGGUUCAUAAAAACACACGCCAAUACUCGGAGUAUAUUACUUUUACUUGCGAAUAUUAUCAUCACGUGGAUUUUUCAAUUUAUUUGGUCCCGAUUAUUUAUUUCAAAUGUUUACACCAUGCUCUCAAACUCAAUCAAAGGAUUUGAUUCAUCAUUAGGAGUUGAAUUUUUGCAACAUAUCGGAACAAGAGGUCGAUAUCUUCAUCUUCUCUAUGAAUUGAUUGAUUUAUUUUACUUUAUACCGAGUGUGGCUGUAUUUCUUUCCUGCCUGAUGGAAAAACUAUUUUCACAACUACAACAACACCAUAAUAAUAAUAACUCUCAUUCUUCAUUGAAUAAUCACAAUAACAAUUCAAAUCCGAAUAUUGUGGAUAAAAUUCAAAGUAUUAUAGGAAAUGCAGCUUGUUGGCUUCCGAGUAUUUACAUGUUAUUUGGAGUGUUGGAACAUUUGAGUAGCAUUUCUGCAAUGUUUCAUUAUGAAUUUCACAGUCCAAUGUCAACCACACUGUUUUAUUUGAGUAGAGCUAGUGUGUGGUGUCAAUACAAGUGGAUUUCAUUGGCUGUUUUGAUUGUUCUGAUGAUCGGAGGUAGAAUGAUUUAUUUGGCUUGCUGUUGUUGCUGCAGCUGCGAUGAUUUUGAGCUAUCUGGUGGAAGCACACAUUAUUAUCAUGAUAUUCGAGUAGUUGAUGAAGAAGAAGAUGAUGAAAGAAGCAAUGAUGACGAGGAUGAUGAUGUGUGA